UAACGGAGCGGAGCGGCCGCGGCGCGCCGCCUCCCGCCCUCCGCCGAGUGGCGCCGGAGCCGCCGCCGCUUUACGUAAGGCGCAGGCCAGGGCCGCCGGCGCUCGGCAGCCGCUCGGAGCCCUCGCCGCGAGAGGAGGCGCCCCCGCCGGCCGCCGCGCCGCCCGGCCGCUCGGCAGGUUCUGCCGGAGACUUCCAUCUGGCCUCAAUGUGAAAGUAAAGUAAACCACAUCUGUGUGUGUGUUGCUCCCAGGAUGCUGAUUCAUUGGUCAUGUCUGAAGAGGGAAAUUCUGGUCUAGAUGGCUGACAGCCCGCGAAAAUAGAUGCUUAUCCUAGAUGUCCGGCGUCUCUCCUUUUUACUGGAGUGAAAAUCCCCUCCAGAUACCAACAGAACGUCACCUGCAGAAAAUGCCUCGCGUUUUAAGGAUGUCAGCAACCUAAAUUCAUGCGCCCUGUGUGCACAGUUGUCGUGGACGGUUUACCAUCUGAGAGCUCCUCAGCCUCUUCUCCAGGCCCCGUACCUGUGUCUGAGAUGUCUCUGCUCCAUGCUCUGGGCCCAGUGCAGACCUGGCUGGGACAGGAGCUGGAGAAAUGUGGCAUCGACGCCAUGAUUUAUACCCGGUAUGUCCUCAGCCUCCUGCUGCACGACAGCUAUGACUACGACCUACAGGAACAGGAGAAUGACAUCUUCCUGGGCUGGGAAAAAGGCGCUUAUAAGAAAUGGGGAAAGAGUAAGAAAAAGUGCUCAGAUCUAACUCUAGAAGAAAUGAAAAAACAGGCUGCUGUCCAGUGUCUUCGUUCUGCUUCUGAUGAAAGCUCUGGCAUCGAGACCCUGGUGGAGGAGCUCUGCUCCAGACUGAAAGACCUGCAGAGCAAGCAAGAAGAGAAGAUUCACAAAAAGUUAGAGGGGUCUCCCUCUCCAGAGGCAGAAUUAUCCCCUACAGCAAAGGAUCAAGUGGAAAUGUACUACGAAGCGUUCCCACCGCUGUCCGAGAAGCCAGUCUGCCUGCAGGAGAUCAUGACCGUGUGGAACAGGUCUAAAGUCUGUUCUUACUCCAGCUCUUCGUCGUCGUCCACGGCGCCCCCCGCCAGCACAGACACGUCCUCCCCCAAAGACUGCAACAGCGAAGGCGAAGCAAGCAAGGAGAGAAGCCGCGAGGCGGGCACCACUGCACACGAGAGAGCCCAGAGCAAGAGCAGAAGCGAGAAGGAGGACAGGUUCGGGCACAGCGCCACAGAAGAGAAGCCCGCCCUGUACAAAAAGCAGGUCCGACACAAACCUGAGGGACGGAUUCGCCCUCGCUCGUGGUCCUCCGGCUCGAGUGAAGCGGGCUCAAGUUCGAGCGGUCCUCGGGGAGAACUAAAAGCCUCCGUGAAGUGCGUGAAAGUCCGACACAAGACGCGAGAAGUUCGGAACAAGAAAGGGCGGAACGGGCCGGGCAGGCUGUCGCUGAAGCCCGGCGACAAGGCCGAGCGGGCCAUCCACGCCGCUGGCAGCAGCAGCAGCGGCAGCGGUGGUGGCGGCGGCUCCGUCAAGCCGCUGUGCCGGCGCGGGAAGAGGCCCCUGAAGGACCCGGGGAGGAGAGACCCCGGGAGCGCCGAAGGAAGAGACCUGUCCCUGGAGAGCAGAAACGACAGGGAGUACAAGGAGGAGCCGCUGUGGUACACGGAGCCGAUUGCCGAGUAUUUCGUUCCUCUGAGCAGGAAAAGCAAACUAGAGACCACCUACCGAAACAGACCGGAUGCGAGCGACCUGCCGUCGGAGGCGGUGGAUGAGUUGUCAGAGUCCGUGCACGGUCUUUGUAUCAGCAACAAUAAUAUGCAUAAAACAUACCUCGCAGCAGGUACUUUCAUUGAUGGUCAUUUUGUAGAAAUGCCUGCGGUCAUCGAUGAGGAUGUUGACCUCACUGGGACCUCGUUCUGUCCUCUCCCGGAGGACAACAAAUAUCUGGAUGGUAUUCAUCUGUCAGAAUUAACACACUUCUAUGAAGUGGACAUUGAUCAAUCCAUGUUGGAUCCUGGUGCCUCAGAAACCACGCAAGGAGAAAGUCGGAUUUUGAAUAUGAUUCGACAAAAAAGCCAAGAGAAAACCGAUUUUGAGGCAGAAUGUUGCAUAGUGUUAGAUGGAAUGGAGUUGCAAGGGGAACGUGCAAUAUGGACAGAUUCUACCAGCUCCGUGGGUGCCGAGGGCUUAUUCCUGCAAGACCUCGGCAAUCUGGCUCAGUUCUGGGAGUGCUGUUCAUCCAGCUCGGGCGAUGCCGACGGGGAGAGUUUUGGGGGGGAUUCUCCAAUCAGACUCUCCCCGAUCUUGGACAGCACGGCGCUCAAUCCACAUUUGCUUGCUGGCAAUCAGGAGCUCUUUUCAGAUAUUAAUGAAGGAUCUGGUAUAAACUCUUGUUUUUCAGUGUUUGAAGUGCAAUGCAGUAAUUCUGUUUUACCGUUUUCUUUUGAAACACUCAACUUGGGGAAUGAAAAUACAGAUUCUAGUGCUAAUAUGCUUGGGAAAACACAGUCUAGAUUGCUCAUAUGGACCAAAAAUAGUGCCUUUGAAGAAAACGAACACUGUUCUAAUCUCUCAACGAGAACUUGUAGCCCAUGGUCCCAUUCGGAAGAGACGCGUUCGGACAACGAGACGUUAAAUAUUCAGUUUGAAGAGUCCACGCAGUUUAACGCAGAAGAUAUGAAUUAUGUGGUUCCUAGAGUCUCGUCAAAUUAUGUAGAUGAAGAACUUCUAGAUUUCCUGCAAGACGAAGCUUGCCAGCAAAACAGUAGAACGUUGGGAGAGAUUCCCACCUUAGUCUUCAAACAAACAUCGAAGCUAGAAUCUGUCUGCGGUAUUCAGCUGGAACAAAAGACGGAACCCAAGACCUUGGAAACUGCGCGAGGCUGUGGCGAGAGCGGUCCACGUGGAGGCGGUUACAGCUCAGGGGUCAUUAAAGACAUUUGGACACAGAUGGCAGACGGGGGUUCUGUCGCUACGGCGGACGUGGAGCGAACGGACGAGGAGUUGUUCCCGACGGAUGUCAACAACUACUGCUGCCGCCUGGACGCCGAGGCCGAGGCGGAGACCCUCCGGGAGCCCAGCAAGGCCGUGCAGAGGUCGGAGUACCGUCUGUGGGAGGGCCAGAAGGAGAGCCCGGAGAAGAGAGCUUUCGCGUCCGGGGAGCUGUCGAAGGUGGACGGUGGCGACUACACGACACCCUCGAAACCUUGGGACGUGGCCCAGGACAAAGAGAACACCUUCAUUCUCGGAGGAGUUUACGGAGAACUCAAGACCUUCAGCAGUGACGGGGAGUGGGCGGUCGUCCCACCCGCUCCCACGAAAGGAAGCCUGCUGCAGUGCGCGGCCUCUGACGUGGUGACCAUAGCAGGUACGGAUGUCUUCAUGACCCCGGGAAACAGUUUCGCUCCCGGUCACAGGCAGUUGUGGAAACCCUUCGUGUCGUUUGAGCAGAACGAUCCGCCGAGGAGUGGGGAAAAUGGAUUAAAUAAGGGAUUUUCUUUUAUCUUCCAUGAAGACUUACUAGGAGCUUGUGGCAACUUGCAGGUUGAGGAUCCUGGGCUUGAAUAUUCCUUGUCUUCCUUUGACUUAAGCAAUCCGUUCUCACAAGUCCUUCACGUGGAGUGUUCAUUCGAACCCGAAGGGAUCGCCUCUUUCAGCCCCAGUUUUAAGCCGAAAUCCAUCCUGUGCUCUGAUUCGGACGGCGAAGUUUUUCACCCCAGGAUAUGUGGCGUCGACAGAACGCAGUACAGGGCUAUUCGGAUCUCUCCGAGGACUCACUUCCGCCCCAUUUCUGCGUCCGAGCUGUCCCCAGGAGGAGGAAGUGAGUCGGAAUUUGAAUCUGAGAAAGAGGAAGCAAAUAUUCCCCUUCCUUCUCAAGCCGAUACGUUUGAAGAUCCACAGGCAGAUCUCCAGCCGCUGGAAGAAGACGCGGAGAAAGAAGGCCAUUACUAUGGAAAAUCGGAGCUCGAGUCUGGAAAAUUCCUCCCCAGGUUAAAAAAGUCCGGCAUGGAAAAGAGCGCUCAGACAUCGCUGGAUUCUCAGGAGGAAUCAGCCGGGAUUCUGCCGGCGGGGAAGCGGAAUCGGUGUUUGGAGUGCAGCAUGAAUGAAUCUCCGGAAAUUGCUUUAGAAAGCUCAGAAGCAAAUUGUAAAAUAAUGGCGCCAUGCGAGGAAGAGAUUAAUAAUUUUUGCAGUUGCAAAGCAGGUUGUCAGUUUCCUGCUUAUGAAGAUAAUCCAGUUUCUUCGGGACAGCUGGGAGAGAUUGGGAAGAAAGAAAAAGAGGGAAGAAGCGAGAUUCUACAUCAUACCACUGCCAUAUUCCUUCGCUUUCUAUUUCCUGUAUUGAACACUGAUGUGCAAGGAAUGAAUAGAAGUCAAGAAAAACAGACUUGGUGGGAAAAAGCCUUGUACUCUCCUCUUUUUCCUGCGUCAGAGUGUGAAGUUUCUCCUUGGACCAAGAUGACUGAUGGAAACCUCUCCACCUCUACAAAUGGCAUAGCCUUGAUGGGCAUUCUGGACGGUCGGCCAGGAAAUCAUAUUCAGAAUCUACAACACUUGAAUCUCAAGGCACCCAGAUCCCUCUCGUUGCCAGAGUACGGGCCCAAGCUGAAGCUUGGGCCUUUAGAAGAUCAGCACAGCCUUAAGUCCGUGGACUCGGGCAUUCCCACCCUCGAGAUCGGUAACCCGGAACCUGUCCCCUGCAGUGUGGCCCACGUGAAGAGGAAGCCAUCUGAGUCGGGGACCGUCCCGGAGCGAGCCUGCCAGAGCGCGUGCCCGCUGCCGUCCUACACGCCACCGGCUCCCGGCAGUGCCGAGUGGGAGCGGGGCGUGCGGAAGUCGUCCACGUUCCCCCGGACGGGCUAUGACGCGGCCGAGCUCUACAGCCCCGCCUCCAAGGCCCUGAACCGCAGCGACGAUGUCUCCGUUUGCAGCGUGUCCAGCCUCGGCACGGAGCUGUCAGCCACGCUUUCCGUCAGCAAUGAGGACAUCUUGGACCUUGUGGUCACGAGCAGCUCCAGUGCCAUCGUGACCCUGGAGAAUGAUGACGACCCUCAGUUCACUGACGUCACCUUGAGCUCCGCCAAGGAAACCCGGGAGCUGCGCCGGCAGGACUGUGUCGAUGGAACGGAGGAUGGGAGUAAAUCGAAAAUACUGGGACCAUUUAGUAACUUCUUUACCAGGAAUUUGCUUGCUAGAAAACAGAAUGCAAGACUUGACAGACAGAAUGACUUGGGAUGGAAGUUAUUUGGAAAAGUACCACUCCGAGAGAAUGCUCAGAAAGAUUCAAAGAAAAUACAAAAGGUGGACAUGGAUUAUGUUCUUGAACCUAAAGGAUUUCUGUGAACUGGAGUGACUAGGUCCACUAAUUAUGUGGCAACCCAAUACCGCAGGGACGAGGACCAUCUGGCUUCAACCAUCAAUAAUAAAGGAUGUAAUUGUACCGGCAAGGGUCAUACAAUCCUGCCCGUGUCCUGUUUGCUCGUGCUUUGUGUCUCCGGCCCUCCCGCCCCGGGCUGGCCAGGCCUCACAGGGAUCCAGGGCCGGGUACCUGCUGUCGUGGGGGUACAGCAGCUGGCGGCUGCCACAGAUGUCCACCCACACGCUUUGUCGCGGCCUUCAAAGCUCAGCCUGGUCCGGCUCUCCACCCACACGCUUUAGAGAGCCCAGAGCCGGCGCCGGCUGCCGAGGCCCGUGAUGCCAGACGGUGCCAGGUGUAGCAAACUCCGGUUCCUCCUCCCCUUCUCUUUGGAAUGUUUUUAUUACCAGAGAGAAGCUCCAUCGCGUAGUGCUGUAAGACCAUAGACUUUGGAGGCAGACUGUCAGAGUCUGUAUCCCAGCUCGGCCACUGUUUGGCUGUGUGGGCAAGUCCCUUAACCUCCUGAGCCCCAUUUUCGUCCUCUCUGAAAUUUGGAGAAUAACCGGACCAGCCUCGGAGGGGUGAGGACGAAAUGUGUGAAUGUACCUCCAGUGCUCAGAACGGUAUUGAAUGUCGUAGGUGCUGGAGAGCGUUUACUGUUAUUGUCGUCUCUUUCCUGGGACAAGUCCACCUUGAACAACAGGAAACAGGACACUGUGUGGGAGGGUGAGCCUGAGGCCUCCGCAGGUCCCUUCACUCGUGUGCGCAGACACUGCACCGUGUUGAGGCCAGGUCUUGGCGCCGGGAGCACACAAGCCCUUGGGCCGGCGUCGUGCCUCAAGGCAUCCUGGUGGAGGCCGGGGGACAGGUGUGUAUGCCCGCCAAGAUCUCUGGGCUUGCAGACGUGGGUCUGAUUUCCAGCAUCCCCUCUUCUUAUCCGUAUAACUGUGGGCAGUUACUUCCUGGUUUUCUCAUCUGCAGAAUGGGCACUGUGGUUCCUCCUCACGGGGUUGUUAUAAAUUCAGAGAUGAUGUACGUGGACCGUUUUUGUCCCAGGAGUGGCCCAGAGUGAGUACUUGAGGAGUGGCUGUUGUGACGUUUAAUUCAGAAAGAGGUCCAGCGAGUGGUCAGGGCUGCUUGUGGUUUGCCCCGGGGCACGUGGGACACACGUGACUUCGUUGUAACUGGGCCAGAUUCCCUUCGCUUGAGCCUGACACAGACAUAGCUGCCAUUUUUAGGAAAUGUUGAAAUGUUACUUUCAGUUAUCUUUUCAAACUUCAGAAGGAUUUUGAAAAGUCAUUGUCUCUCAGCUUACAUUAUGAUUUCUAAGUAGGGGAACAAAAAUGACCAAGGAUAGCUACGAGAAUCACACUAAACCAGUGUUUCUCAAAGCAUGGUGCCUGGGGGGACACGAUCAUCAUCUGGGCGUUUGUUAGAAACACGAGUUCUCAGGCCUUCCCCCCACAGACCCGCUGAAGAAACUGGGGCUGGGGCACAGCAAGUGCCCACCAGCUGUGGCAACCGCCGGUGAACUGGAGAGGCCCCGAGAAUAAAGCCAGGAGAAGGGAUCCGAAGAUAGCUGCCUUCGGGCCUCCCGUCAUUGGGUGUGUGCGGGGCAGGGCCCGGCCAGAUUGGCCCCCUGGGCAGUGCUGGGCCAGUGUAUCCUUUGCUUCCCGGAUAAAGAGGGACCUUCCUCCUCGGCUUCCAUGGUCCUUUGUUCCACAUAUUUGAGCCACCGUGGGGGUCCUUCCUGGGAUUACAGCGAAGGGCAAGACUUCCUUGGCCUGCGCCUGGCUUGGAACUUGGCUUGCCUUAAAUCAGGCAAAAACAGAUUGGAGCAGAGUAACUGCAGGUAGUUGCAGCUGUGAUAAGCGUCGUGCAGUUUCUGCACCACUGGGUUUUCAAGUGACUGCCGGUUCCCCGGUCCAAGGGGCGUUCCUCAGCCCUUGUCUCAUCAGCCUCUCCCCUGCUCCUUGGGAGCCUUUCUGACCUUGACUUCAAGGUCACCACGUUCUCCCUCCUCUGCAGGUUUCCCCUCUGGGUGCCCUCCAGAUGGCAGAGUCCCCCCAGGUGCUGCUCUGUCCCUGGCCACCCAGGAGGAGAUCUCCGCAGGACUCCAGGCUUUAAAUAUCGCGCCUCCACUGACAGCCCCCGCCUUUGUUCCCGGCGGGGCCUCUUCCCUGAACUUCCGCGUCUAACUGCCUGCUGGGUGCUCCACUGGAUGUCUGACAGCCACCUGGCUAACAAGUCUGGGCUAUACUCUUACUUUUCUGUUUCCUGUCUUGUUGGGCCUCUCCUCCUUGCAUCUUUCCCCAUUUUGGAAAAUGAUAGACUUCGCCUUCUUUUUCAGGUCUAAACUUGACAGUUGUUCUUGACCUCUCUCCUCUCUCUCCUCUCACCCCUCCUCCCGUCUGACUGCCGUCUUGCUGACGUUGGCACUCUGUUGGUGCGGCCGGCUUGGAGGGCUGUGACCUGCUGGGGGUUCAGAUGAUCUGGUGCGGUCAGCCUGGUGAGACACGGAUGUGCUUUACUGUCCCUCAGUUGCUUGAGCUGUUGGAAAUGGGGACUGCACACAUCUGGGGACGCUUUAGAGCAAAGUUUGUGAGUCUUUUAGACAUAACACUGGGUAUACAGACUUGAGGCAUCGGCACCGUUGUCAGGAAAUGUCCUGUCUGGGCUCCGAGGCAGCUACCGACAGGCAGGGAUUACGGUGAGGGGUACAGUGUGUGGGCUUUAGUGUCCUGGAUAAAAGAUGUCAUGUGAGCAAAGAAGCAUACACGUAUUUGGGCUUGUAUCACCUGGAACAUCUUGGAUGGCCUUCUGGAAUUUCAAGUCAGCUCUUAGAUGUUAAAGAGAGAAUCCCAGAAGAAGGCAGAUCCAGAACAGCUUAAAGGGAUAUCCCUUCUCCUCACCUCUGGGUUCUGUGAAGUCUGGGUAGUCAGAAAAACCUACAUCAUCCCAAACUGCAGAGAAGAUAAGGCUGGAUGGUCCGUGCAGGUGACUGGUGAUGGGCCUACAGAUCAGUCUAAAACGACAGUGAGAAAACCUCCUUCAUUUGCAGCAUCCCUUAUGCCUUUGGAAAGUAGGUUCGAGGCAGUUUGCAAACAUGAGCAGGUCUCAGUUCUGCGUACGGAGGAAGUGUGCUCUAACCUGUCUCUUCUGACGAAUGCAGCUAUGAAACUUGAACAUAUACAUAGAGCAGCCUUUUCAGCAUUCUGAAAAGUGAACCGUGGCAGGUGGAUCAGGGAAGAGGGCCACAAUUCACAGUACUGCUGAAUUGAUUGACUUUACCCCCCUCUGAGAUUGAUUUUCCCCCCUCGGAGAUUCCCCACCCUGAACUCAAGGUAUCCUAAAACCCAGAGACGAGUGUUAAUGUGGACAGAGAGAGCACUAAGAAAGGCUGUCUAGUUCUGGAUGAGGAGUGGGUACUCUAACACUCAGAAUGCAGAGACCCUACUUUUCAUUUUUUCCUUUUCUCUGCUUUCUCUCAUCCCAUCCCCCACUCAGUUUCUUGGCAGUAGAAACUGGCCGGCAGGCGCCUGAAACUCUCAGUAAGGGAACCUGAUUACAGGAAACUGUUCCCAGGAGGUGGGGCAAACCCCUGAUGCCCUGUUCUCUCUCCUCCUACCCUUGGCCCAAGGUGCACAGAGAUGUGGGAGGUGUGUGAUUAGAGAACCCAGAAAAGGGGCCACCCGGGGAAUCAGCAAGUUCUGGGGACAUCGUAGAGAGGAGGAGUUCGGGAAAGUGACCUUCGAGGUUGUUAGGAACUCCUGGGCUGACCCCCAAGUUGUAGAUGCAUGGAUCCGCCUCUAACUGGCAACUGUGGACUUUGAGAACUGAACUUUGGAAUAGACCAGCACACAGGUCCCACACUGGCCACUGGGCGGUGCACGUGUGGGGUAUAGCCAACAGGCGCUGGAAAGGCUUUGGCAAGUCAGCUGACUCUGGAGCCGGUUGGAAUGUGGCAGUGGAAUCCAACCAGGUCAACUGCCUAUUAAAACAGAAAUACGAACAUUCUCCAGAGGGUUUGGACAAGACCCAGAGUCUUGUAAUGCAAUAGUCAAGAUGUCUAGAAUGCCAUUCUGACGUCCUCAGCAUAUCAACAACUAGGAAAAUCUGCUGUCCCAUUGGAAAGACAGUUAAUACACAUUACUGCCAAGGUAGCGCACUUGUUGGGAUUUUCCAGCAAAGACUUUAAAGCAGCCAUUGUGAAAAUACUCCAAUCAAUCAAUCAAUAAGAGGGGAACAUUCUUGAAAUAGGAAGGUAGAAAGUAUCAGUAAAGAAUUUGAAAAUAGAAGGAGGAACUGUGUAGAACUUUUGAACGAAAAAUACAGGAACUGAAAUAAACUAACUGGAUAGGCUCAGUAGCAGGAUGAAGAUAGUAAAGGAAAGAGGAGUAAACGCCGAGAUAGAUCCACAGACUUGAUUCCAUCUGAACAGUACAGAGGAAAAAGGGGGAGAAGAACAGAGUCUUAGAGGCACGUGGGGUAGUACUAAAAGGUCUAACAUUUGUGCUGUUGGUGUUUCAGAAGGAGAGGAGAAACAUGGGGUGCAGAGAAAAAUUUUGGACUAAAUAAUGGCUUAGGGUGUCCUAAAUCUGACAAAAGAGAUAAACCUACAGAUUUGGGGAGAGGGGUUCAGUGAACUCCAGACAGGAGAAAGCCACAGAAGCCCGUGCCCAGACAUGUCAUAACCAAAUUGCUGAAAAAUAAAGACAAAAAGUCUGGGGGCGCCUGGGUGGCUCAGUCAGUUGAGCGUCCGACUUCGGCUCAGGUCAUGAUCUCAACGGUUCAUGAGUUUGAGCCCCGCAUCGGGCUCUGUGCUGACAGCUCAGAGCCUGGAGCCUGCUUCGGAUUCUGUGUCUCCCUUCCUCUCUGCCCAUUCUGUGCUCACGCUCCCUGUCUGUCUCUCUCAAAAUAAAUAAAUAUUAAAGAAAAAAAAAGAUAAAAAAGUCUUACAAGCAGCCAGAGGAAAUGUAGUACUGGAGAAGAAGAGCCAUCAGUCCCAAAUCCCAUACCGGGCACAAAUACCCUGCGGGAGUGAGGGUGGGAUAAAGCAGAUGAAGGCAAAGUAGGGGAUUUGUUGCCGGCAGAUGUGAGUGAAUUGCUACAGGAAGUUUUUCAGAUGGGAGGGUCAUUGCACCGGAAGGAGACUUGGAACAUCCCUUGGAACAUUCGGAAGAAGAGCUGGAUGUGGGGGUCUAGGUAGGUGCGAUAGACCGCCGUUCUCCCAGUGAGCUCUUUGAAAUGUGUUUGAGUAAGGGCAAGAACUAUAACUUUGUCUGGGUUUUCAGUGUCUGUAGAUACAGAAGGGGAUACGGUGGUAAGAUUGUAAAAAAUGAGAUAUGCAUGAUAAUCCCCAGAUCAACCACCAAACUAUACAAACAGAGAGUUAAAAACACCACGAAUUAAAAUGGAGUUCUAAAAAGAGUUUAAAAAAUGAAAUCAAGGCAGGAAAGAGGAAAUAGAGGAAGGAAAAAUCUAGAUAAGAUGAUAAACGGAAGCAUGUCAGUCAUUAUGUUCCUAUAAAUGGUUUGAAUGCACCAGUUGUAUGUCUGAAUACCCAAUCCUGACAGGUUGUCAGGACGGAUGAAAAAAAAAUGAAAAGGACCCAAAUAUGUGUUGUCCACGGGAAAGUCACUUCAAAUAUAAAAUACGUAGGCUAAACUGAAUGGAUGGGAAAGGUAUACCGUGAAAACACUAAUCAGAACGAAGACGGAGUAGAUAGACUAACAUAAGAAAAAGUACACUUCAGAGCAAAGAAGGUUCCCAGCGACCAGGCAGGACGUUCCCCAGUGAAGACAGAAUGAUUCCGAACGUGUGUGCACCGGCGGCAGCUGCAGAAUGCAUGAUGCAGAGACAGGCAGAUCUGAGACAGGUGCACAAAUCCUCCGUCGUUACUGGCACGUCGACCCUCCUGUCUAGACAGUGAUUGAUAGGCCGUUGAGAGAAUCAGCCAGGACACUGAAGGACUGACCGACGUUUGUUGAACACGCCAGCGCCCCGUGAGAGCACAGCGCACAUUUUUGACAAGCGUGCACGCGACAUUCACCAAGAGAGACCGUAACCUGGGUUGAAAAAGAAACCAUAAAUCUGAAAGGAUUACAGUUAUACAAAAUGUGUUCUCUAACCACAGUGGAAUCAGAUCGUAAAGCAGUGACACACAGAUAGCAAGAACCUUCCCAAAAGCUUGGAAAUUAAAUAAGAAACACACCUAAACAAAUCAUGGGACAAUGAGGAAGUCACAAAGAGUUAGAAGAAAAAAAAAAAAAAAAGGAAAUAUUUUGAACGAAAAUAGAACAUCUAAAACUUUGUGGGAUAUGAUGCUUAGAGGGAAAUUUAUAGCACUAAAACGCUUAUUAGAAAAGAAGAAAGUUCUCUCAUCAGUAAUCUGAUUUUCUACUUUAAAAACCAUAAAAGGAGCAAAUAAACUCAAAGCAAGCAAAAGGGAGGAAGUAAUAAACUAAGAAUAGAAAUCAAUGAAAUUGAAAACCAAACAAUAAUAGUGAAACCGAAAGCAGGUUCUUUGAAAUGAUGAACAAAAUUGAUCAAACUGAUAAAAUUGACAGGUGAAGCAAAUCACCACCACAAGUGAGAAAGGGGAUAUGACUACAGACCCUCCCUUGCAGAGAUUAAAACGAUAAUGAGAAUGCAUGGAUGAUUCCACAUUCAUAAACUUGGUAACUUAGACGAAAUGGGCCAUUUCUUUGAAAAUCACAAAUUGCCAAAACUCCUCUAGGAUGAAUAGAUGACCUGAAUCAUCCCCUGAUUAUUAAAGAAACGGAAAUUGUAGUGAAAAACCUUCUAAACAAGAACUCUCCAAGCCCAGAGAGUUUCAUUGGUGAAUUCUACCAAUAUUUAAAGAAAAAUAACACCAAUUUUAGAGAGACUACCUGCUGACUCCGUUUAUGAGGCUAGUAUUACCCUGAUACCAAAACCAGACAAGUGCAGUACAAAAAAAGCGAAUUGGCAACCAGUAUCCUUCAUGCAGACACACGUAAUCCUCAACAUAGCAUUAGCAUGUUGAAGUCGCUAAGACUUUACAAAAAAAAAGAAAGGGCAAUACACGUAAGCAGCAUUUGUGCCAGGAAUGCAAGGCUGGUUUAGCAUUUGAAAAUCAGCCGCUGUGUGGCGCCUGGUGGCUCAGUCGGUUAAGCCUCUGAAUUCGGCUCGGGUCGUGAUCUCACUGUUUGUGGGUUCAGGCCCUGUGUCGGGUUCUGUGCUGACAGCUCAGAGCCUGGAGCCUGCUUCGGAUUCUCUGUCUCCUCCUCUCUGCCCUUCCCUUGCUCAUGCUCGAGCGCACAUGCGCGCACUCUCUCUCUCUCUCAAAAGUAAAUAAACAAACACGUUUAAAAAAAAAAUCGGUGUAAUCUGUACCAACAGUCUUGGGGGAAUGUCAGGAGUAUUAUCUGAGUGUAGGAAUUUAGUCUCAAAAGUUUACGUGCUGUAGGACUCUAGGUGUGACAAACAUAAAAGCUUAGUGCCAGGGAUGGCAUAGGGGAUGACUACCAGGGAGGAGCAGGGAGAAGGUUUUGGGGUUAAUGGAAUGGUUCUGCAUUUCGGUUGUGGCAGUGGUGGCUGGAAGAUGGCACGUCUUGAAACUGAUAGAGCUGUAAGGGGUGCCUGGGUGGCUCCAUCGGUUAAGCAUCUGACUCGACAUUGGCUCAGGUUAUGAUCUCACGGUCAUGGGAUCGAACUCUGUGCCGGGCUCAGUGCAGAGCUCAGAGCCUGCUUGGGAUUCUCUCUCCCUCUCUUUCUGCACCCCCCCCCCAAUAAAUAAAUAAACUUUAAAAAACUGAUAGAACUGUAUACAUCAAAAAAGCUAACUAACUGUAUGUUGGUUUUAAAAAUAAAACUAACGAUGAAUGAAUCAGCCAGGGCACCUUUGACCCUUGUUUCCAUUUCUAGGGAUUUAUCCUAGAAAUAAAUCAGUAGGGGCGCCUGGGUGGCGCAGUCGGUUAAGCGUCCGACUUCAGCCAGGUCACGAUCUCGCGGUCCGUGAGUUCGAGCCCCGCGUCGGGCUCUGGGCUGACGGCUCGGAGCCUGGAGCCUGUUUCCGAUUCUGUGUCUCCCUCUCUCUCUGCCCCUCGCCCGUUCAUGCUCUGUCUCUCUCUGUCCCAAAAAUAAAUAAACGUUGAAAAAAAAAAAAAAGAAAGAAAUCAGUAUGUGAGUAAAAUGAUGGUUGUAUAAGGGUUUUGAUGGCAGCACAAAAGAUUGGAAGCAGUCCAUCUAAAUGCCUGGCAGUAGGGAGUCGGUUAAAUCUCUAAGUGACGUAAAGUGCAGAUCGUAAGAAGCUAAGUGAAAAACCGUUAUAUUAGCGUGCUCUAUGUGUAUGAAGGUAUUUGCAUAUCUUUGUAAAUGCACAGUCUGUAUCUGGUAGGAUACUUACAAAACUGGUCACGAUAAAAUUGUUAUGGAGCGGGGAAUGAACUGACUGUGUAUGUGGGAGACAGGGAAGAGGGUGACCUACUUUCUCUGCAUCUUUUUUUAAAUUUAUUUUUAUUUAUUUUUAACAUUUAUUCAUUUUUUGAUAGAGACAGAGCAUGAGUGGGGGAGGGGCAGAGAAAGAGGGAGACACAAAAUUCGAAGCAGGCUCCAGGCUGUCAGCACAGAGCCCGAUGUAGGGCUCGAACUCAUGGACCGCGAGAUCAUGACCUGAGCUGAAGUCUGAUGCUCAACCGACUGAGCCACCCAGGCGCCCCUCUGCAUCUCUUUUCAUACCUUUUGAAUUUUGUUUUAUGUGCAUGUCGGCUUGAAAAAAAAUUUUUAAAUGUGCAAAGAAUGAUAGAAAAAAAAUUUGAGGAAUUUUGGUCAAAGGAUAGCAAGAGGAAGCCAAAGGUAAGUGGAUAUCCCAAAAUACAACAAGUUCUCAUGUAACUGUUAGAGGCAAAGUACACAUUUGACGUUGAGCUUCCUAGUGGCCAGAGCAAAGAGGGAUACGUUAAACGUUAAGGAAUCCCAUGCAUGCAGGAAGCUGCACCUGAUCAGGGAGUUUGGGCUUGCUGAAGUGCUGGAUGUAAUGUUUGUGUGCAACAGCGACUUUUUGUGGAGAGUGAGUCUCAGUGUCCAGUUCCCCUAAUAUGGGUUUUAGAGAAGCAGCAUGUUAGUUUUUUUUUUUAAUUUUUUUAAGCUUUAUUUAUUUUUGAGAGAGAGAGAGAGAGAGAGACAGUGUGAGUGGGGGAGGAGCAGAGAGAGGGAGGCACAGAAUCCGAAGCAGUUCCUGGCUCCAAGCUGUCAGCACAGAGCCCGACGCGGGGCUCGAACCCAUGAACUGUGAGAUCACGACCUGAGCUGAAGUCAGCAGCAGGUUAAUUCUUUAUCAAACUUGUACAUGAUGCCUUUCUGGACAAGAAGCAAAAAAGGGAGAGUUGCGAAGUUUCUACAGGGGAAAUGGCAGUGUGGUCGGUUACUUUGCACUUUGUUUUUAUUCCGUGGAUGGAUGGUCUCCCAUCUAUUGUGGUGAUGGUCACUUCAUUCUGAGAAGUAUGUGCCUUUGAACAACGUAAACUGAAAUUCCGGUGAAUGGUGCCUCUUAAGGUUUGCUUAUUUUUCCUAAUGUGCAAGUGGUAAGUUCCCCGUCAGUCUCCUGCUCUGUGGCUCCAGGAAGAGAGGGGGGUUCGGGAAUAGGGGCUGCGUGUGUUAGUUCUCCGUAGAUCUCCACUGGGGCCUCCCGACAGUGCAGGAGUCAGAGGUCUGGGGUUUGGGAAGGCGGGCCCCCCCCCCCCCCCCAGAGGACUCUGACUGGGAUCGGAGGGCCCCGCCUCUGGUCUUGGUCCUGUCGUUCACAGUCAGUUUUGUGGCGUUGGGCCGGCGACUUCGCCUUUUCCUCGUCUGCAGAGAUAAUGUCCACCUUGCCCUUGCUUGUGAGGGUCGAGUAGGAUGAGCAUGGGGACGCCGUUGGCGUCCAGUGGGGGCUCAGUAAAGGUCAGUGGCUUCUCCUGUUCCGGCCCUCCCUCAUGGCCGCACCUUCACUCUGGUGGGUGGGUAAAGCGAAAAACAAAACAACAGAAAAAAGCUUUGCUGCAGGUGGUCCCUGUGGCUUGGAAAUUGCGAGUGGCAAAAGCCUUGGAUUCCAUCCAAAGUGGCUUUAAAAGUAUCUUUUCAAAUUAUAAAAAUAACUCAUGAAAAAAUACCCAAAUGGUAGACGUCGCAGUAGAGUAAACGGGAACGUCCGUUCACCUUAAGACCUCACAGUCUCUCGUGGCGAGGGCCUCUGACAGUUUAGUGCCCACCCUCCCAGGCCUUCCUCUGAGCCAGACCACCUGCAAACAGAUGUCACCCACAUCGAUACGGUUAUCACAGAGUCACAGGCCGUGCGAGCUGUGCAAAUUCUCGCUGGUGUGCACACCCCAGCUACUCAGGAAAUCAGAGCAAGUAACUCAAAGGCACAGUAGGCUGUGCUUUGUCAGAGAGCACCGCCCACGUUCUGAAGCCAGUGUCCCACUGACCCUGGGCUCUGGCGGUGGCGUCUGCAGUCUGGUGGCCUGUGUGUGUGUGUGACCUGAAUGCGUUUCGUGGUCCUGGCCGAACGGAGGCGGCUUCCUAGGAAGACCCAGAGGGGUGGCCCUUGGGAACUUUCAAAUGCUCCUGCCCUUCUCUGGGCAGUUUAGGGUGUUGACACAAAGACAGUGGCAGCCGAAAGGGCACUCCUCUUCCCACUGACUUAAUCUCCAGGGGAAGACUGAGGUGGUUUGUUGUUGUUGUUGUUGUUGUUGUUGUUGUUGUUGUUGUUGUUGUUGUUAAGCAUUUUAUAAUCCCUUUAACACUGUCGGAGCAGCAUGGGAGAGCCUUCCUCUGGCCUUUUCCAGGUCUGGCUGGCUUGUCUUAUGCUGCCAGUGGGCCUGAGGAGGCAGAAUCAGCAGGUGCAGGGGCGGAAAACAUCUUCCCUUCUUCCCUUCUGGGUGCUCUUUCUGGUCUAGUAAUUAAAUAGACAUAAGACAGAUGAACAGGAGCAAAACUAAUGUUGUACGUACGGGGGACUCCAAGAAGUGACCAAAGCAGGUGGCUUUUAUACCUUUUAGGCAGAGAGACAAGAAAACUGUGAAGAAUUGACGAGACAAAGGGGGUUUGGACUUGGGGCCGAAAGUUAGUGAAAAGGAGUAAGGUUUGUUUUUACAGCCCUGUCGGCCCUAAAUUCCCCGUCUCUGGUGAUAAGGCAAACGUCUGUCCUCCUGGUGCAGGGAGGGUGCCUCUCACACAGGAGACUCAUUUCCCGCUUUCAGGGGGACAGGCAGGGCCACGGCGUCCUUGCUGCUUCUGAGAGACUUUAAUUCAUGAUCGUCCGUGUGCCAAAGUGGCAUGUUUGGAGGCGGCAUUUUCUGUGCUCCUUCACAGACGACUGCAGAGGACUCCAAGAAACCUCAGAUCAGAGGACAGUAAGGCUGUUCUUUUUUUUUUUUUUCUUUAAAAGUUUUCUCCAAUGCUUAUUUAAUUUUGAGAGAGAGACAGAGAGACAGAGCAGGAGUGGGGGGUGGGGGGAGCAGAGAUUGGGAGACAGAAUCCGAAGCAGGCUCCAGGCUCUGAGCUGUCAGCACAGAGCCCGAUGGGGACUGGCACCCACCGACUGCAAGAUCAUGACCUGAGCCGAGGUCGGCUGCUUAACAAACUGAGCCACCCAGGCACCCUGAGAGUAAGGCUGUUUCAAACCUUCCUGUAAGAGACAUGUCUAACUUGAGCUCACAAUGUUACUCGUCAGUGUGGAAGCACUUUGGAUGGGACCUUCAUGUUGGCACUAGAAACUACCCCUUGGUAUUCCCGGAAGCAAUAGGCAAGCGCUGCCUUUGUUCCUUGGGCUCAUGCCUGCGUCUGACGGUCAGUGUGACCUCAGCCCUGUGAAGGGAGCGCUGUUGUAGGAAACUGAAAUCUUAGUUGAGAGGCAGCGCGUCAGAGAAGUUGGCAGUAAGGGGCUGUGGAGUCAGACUGCCUGAGUUCAGAUCUGCCCUGCCACCUGCCACGUGCCUCUCACCCGAGGAGGCCACUCGGAGCCUCAGGUGCCGUGUCUGGGGACAGAGAGGCAGGGGAGGUGACGCUGGCCUUGCCUGUGUCGUGGGGCCGCUGUAACACGGUGCACACGCUGACCACAGCACACGCGUAUUCCCCUACGGCUUUGGAGGUCAGAAGCGUGAGAUGAGUUUUCUGGGCUAAAAUCAAGGUGUUGGCCAGGUCGGUCUUUCUAGAGGCUCCGGGGGAGAGUCUGUUCUUUACCUUCCAGCUUCUAGAAGCCGCAGGCGUUCUUUGGCGUGCGGCCGCCUCACUCCAACCACUGUCUCCGUGGACGUGUGGCCUCCCUUCCAGUCAUGCCUCCCUGUGUCCAUCGUUUAAGGAUACCUGUGGUUAUUUUGGGCCCACCCAGAUAAUCCAGGAUCAUGUCUGCCGUCUCAAGGUCCAUAACCUUAAUCCCAUCUGCAAAGCACCU